AUGACUCAAGAGUCGUUCGUCAACCAAUCUCAUCGUAUUCGCUCCAUUGCCUCAUCAACAUCUUCAUCAUGGAUAUCCUCCUCUUCCUCUUCGUUAUUUCAUCAAAUUCCGCCCGAGGUUUGGACUGAUCAAAUAUUUCAAUUUAUGGGAGGAAGUUGGAUAUUUAGUAUCGGAAGGCUUGUUUGUCGUGAAUGGAAUACUAGGAUUAUUCAUCAUGAUUUAUUGUUGCAAAUUAAAUUACAUGUUUCUUUAAAGUUUCAUAGGUUUGAAGAGAAAUCAAAAUAUUUGUUACAGAAAUCAGUUGAGUCGUUCGUGAAGAGUUGUGUACGUGAGAGAAUGAUGGGAGUCAAAGAUUUGACAUUUAGUGGAUUGUGUUAUUUGCCGUUCUAUGAAAAUAGUCAAUCUAUAAAUUAUUAUGGAUCGAAUUGUGAUCACACAAGUUUAAAGAUGAUCGAAGUUGAAACAGAAAAUGGCAAAUGUAUUGACAUUGAUCCAAAGAAAUAA